AUGACGACCGCGGAGGAUGACGAGGACGAGGACGCCCUGCUGUACGGCGACGUCGACGACGACGCGCCGGUGAAGAGCGUGAAAACUGCGUCGAGAGGGAUGAGCGGGACGGCGAGCGCGAGCGCCAAGGCGUCGACGUCCGUCGCGAUUCCGCCUCGAACGGCGUCGCCGUUGACGGCGGUGGACGACGGACGACCCACGGCGGUGUACGUGGCGUCGCUCACGUGGUGGACCACGGACGCGGAGUUGGAGGGGAUCUUGGCGGAGUUUGGUCGGGUGAAAUCGCUGACAUUCUUCGCCGACAAGGCGACGGGGAAGAGCAAGGGGUGCUGUGCGGUGGAGUUCACGACGUCGGACGCCGCGGCUGCGUGUAAAGAAAAGUUACACGGAAGGCAGAUCAACGGGAAGGCGUGCGUGGUGACGUUUGCGGAGAUUCCGAAGACGCCGGCGGCGACCAUCGGACCGAAUGACCCGCUGCCGCCGCCGCCAGACACCGCGUGGAAGGGACCGAUUCCUCAGGACAAGCCCGGGUACGGUGGCGUUCUGUACGCACCGCCAAAGCAAAUGGUGAUGACGCAGCAGCAACAGGGCAAGCGCGCGCCACCGCCGCCGCCGCCGCAGCGUCCGGCCCAGUGGCAACAAAACGCCGCACCCCAGGCCAACCCGCACGCCAAAACCGCCCCGCCUCCCCCGCCCAAGCGCAGGCGAAGAUAG